GGACCUAUAAAAAUGACUCUAUAAAUGGUGCCUGAGCAGGUCCAGAAGACUUAAAGAGGCAGGAAAACAAGUCAGUAAGUAAUUGGAGAUUUACUGGAUGCAGAGGGCUGGGUGUCCCAUCUGAUCUGAACGCGGUAUAAGAAGCUCCUGACUCCUCCUCAACUCUCAGCAUCGGUGAAGGCGAGCGGCAGAGGUGUGUUUGUGUGUGUGUGGAGUUAUGGCUCUGUUCAUGGACUCAGACUUCUCUUUACUCAAGCAGAACCAGCAGAAAGACCUGGCAGAUUUCAAGGCAUUAUUCGGAGAACAGAAACACUCAAAAGAUGCCCGCAGUGGGAGUGCUGUAUCCUCUCCGGAGCCGGACAGAGGCAUCGGUUUGAUGGAGGGUCAGAGGAAAAGGAAGAGGACCAUCUUCAGCCGUGCGCAGCUGUCUGAGCUGGAGCAGGCCUUCGCUGUGACCCCCUACCCGGACAUCACCCUGCGGGAAAGGCUGGCCGCGCACACACACCUGCCUGAGAGCAAGAUACAGGUGUGGUUCCAAAACAGAAGAGCUAGAAGUAUUAAGACCGGUAGACUCUCCAAGUCCACCAAGUCUGUCCUUGGAGUUAGAGGUUUUGUGGAUCCCUCCUCCGGCCCUGCGACUUCCACGUAUUCAAACACUCUGGCAGACAUGUUCAGGCCAGAGCAGAACCACUCCUGUGAGGAGGUCCCGCAGAUUUACUCAGAUUGGAUGCAAAUCUACAGUAACCCCAUGUCAUCGCCACCAUGUUCCUCAUCCCUCCAUCAGCAGUCCACUCGUAGCUGCUCCAAACCCUCAGACUCUCGUCUCUGGGAAGAGGAGUACCACGGGCAGCAGCAACAGCACUUAGGAGCCUCACUCACUGGUUUCAUUCCUGGUUCGUUUCAUCAGUCCAUCACCAGGCAGCCUCACCACGCUGCAUCUACAUGCUCCUAUCAGGCCUUCAGGAACUUCAAGUCCCGGAGCUUGGCUCCAUCUGGACCUCAUCAGGCACUGUGCAGCGGAGGCACUGGAACUGGCGGUCAUGCCUCAGUAGAUCAGGUUGUCCCUUCCCACCCUCAGCCAAUGUACUGGGAAAUCUCUCAAGGUCAGGGACAGCACCACCACCACCACCAUCAUCACCCACAACUGGGACCACAGACCUCGAUGGGAUAUAUCUCAGACCUGAUCUAUAACGCUGCUAUUGUUACCAAUUUUCUUGAAUUCUGAUGAAUGUAUCAAAAUCUGUCCUGUGUUUUACCACAGCUGAUGAAUUUCAGACAAGGCUGUAAUACUGUGAAGUAGAGUAGAAUUGUUACGAUGCUGAUUUGUCCAGUUGUAUAUUUUAUGUUUUGAAUUAUGUCUUGUAUAUUUUGGAGAAUAAAC